AUGACGAGGAGAAACAGUCAAUGGAAGCCUCGAUCGAGCAAGGCUGCAUGGAAUCCUCAGACUCCAGAAGGAUACGAGACCACGGUGGUCCUCACAGGCUUGCCGCGGACACUGAAUGCAGAUAUUCUGCUCGGUCUACUGGAUGAGAAAUUCCAGUACUGCUAUAAUUACUUCUAUUUGCCAAUGGAUAUGGACAAGUUUGAGAACACAGGGCUUGCCUACAUCAAUUUCCGGAGUCCUGCGAAUGCUGUGGAGUGCCAACAUUACUUUCAAGGCUUCACCAAUUGGGGCGGCGGGCACAGGAGUGAGCGCAGUUGCGCAGCUCAGUGGUCCACCAUCCAAGGAUACGCAGCGAACAUCGAGAAGCAGCGGAAGCUGAACUGGGCUGCAAGCAACAUCCCGGAGGAUUGCAAGCCGAUGGUGUUCGACCCGCAAGGAACACGCUUGCCAACCACCUACAUCUUCCCGCCUGAAGCCGUGAAGCUGGAGCCGAAGGGAUGGAUGGAGGCCAAAGCCAAGGGCGGCAACUCGUGGACUGACGAGUGGUAUGGAGAAGAGUGGUAUGGAGAAAAUACAUCGGAAACUGGGAAUCCGAAGUCACGCUGGAAUGACAGGUGGGGCAACAAGGAUGAGCCGUGGUGGCGCUAUGGAACUGACACUCGCUGGCGACAGGAGGAAACAAGCUACUGGACAAGUGGGGCAACAAGGAUGAGCCGCGGUGGCGCUAUGAAACUGACGCUCGCUGGCGACAGGAGGAAUCAAGCUACAGGGGGCAGCGGGGCAACGAGGGCAACAGGUGCUGAAGCAGCUGAAGAUCCUCAGAUUGAUGGAGAUCCGGGUGAAGCAGCAGUACUUGCGUUGAAACCGACUGUUGAUGAGAUGGUUAAGAAGGCUGAAGAAGCUGGAGAUCAACCGAAGCUAUUGCCUCCGCCACAGAGGAAGCCGAAAGGUGGAGGCCCAGAAGAGCCGGUGGCGUCGCUGGGUGUCGCCAGAUAUGCCUGCCCCGAAUGCAGCACCUGCUUUGCCAAGUGGUCGGCGUGCCAGCACCAUGUGCUCAGCGAGACAAGAUGCCGAAGAGGGCUGCCCGAGAAGCCUGACUUGCAGGAGUUGCAGUCCCGGUGCAAGGAAGCAGCAGAAAAGUUGCCGGAUGACCAGAAAGCAGGAGGGAAGCUGCCAUUUCAUGACGGAGCCAUUGUAAAGGAUGUGAGGCGCUUUCAGUGA